AUGAAUGCCAACGCGCCGGUCUUCAUCCCGCAAGGGAGCUCCAACAGGAUAAAUCAAUCAUCUUCCUCUUCUCGCCCGCAACGUUCCUCUGGCCGCACUUACUAUCCUACACAGACCUCCAUCCAGCCUGACGUAAAAAAAUCAGGCUCAAAGUCACAAAAUUAUUACGUGUCAUCGCAAACUAGUGCUCGCGCAAAUAGACGAAACAGCUCUCCACGCAAAAACAAUCAUCAGAAUAAUCAACGCUCUUAUUCCAGCCAAUCUGGUGCAAGUGACGAGUCCAACAACAACCAACUUCAGAAAAAUGAAUGGAAUGUUGACGAAAGCUCCUCCUCUCCGUCUAUUCAUGGCGAAGGCACUACUGUUGAUGAUACAUCAUCUAUGAGUAAUUUAUCAAUUCGUAGUGCAGAACCAGCAGCGACGUCUCGUAAUAAAGGAAAGAUUUACUUGAACCAUCUAUUGAAUUUUACAUUCCCGCCAAGACAGCAACAUUCCAUUGUUAGUACUCCUCGAAGGCAAAAAGUUAAUUAUCAACCAUAUAAUAAGGAGCGAUUUGUCAAUGCAAAUUUCCGUUUCCUUAUUAAUUCGGCUGGUGAUUACACUUUCUACCAAUUUGACCCAGAUAUUUUACUCAACUGGCAAGAUAUUGAGCAAGUGAUAAUCACCAAUCCAACAACACCCAGCUGUCCUAUUUGUCUUCAAAAACACACUGCUGCGCGUGUAACAAAAUGCGGGCACACCUACUGCCUCGCUUGCAUCUUGCAUUAUUUGGAAUUGAAGAACGACCCGAAGAAGAAUUGGCGUAAAUGCCCGAUUUGUUGGGACGCGGUAUACGCCAAAGAUCUAAAGAGUGUUCGAUUUAUGGUUGUAAAGAAUUUGGGCAAGAUUGGGGAUGGUGGUGUCCCAAAGAACAAUGAUGCCACUAUUACUAUGAAAUUAAUACAGCGCCCGGUGAGCUCUACAGUCGCCUUACCACGAUCAACUUGGUCUUUCACUGAUUACUCUUACAACACUUCUCCGCCUUGGCAUUUUACCCCUAACGCCUUGCUAUUCUCGAAAUUGAUGCUCGCAUCAAUCGAAUAUUUGCAAGGAGAGUAUCAACGCGACUUCGGUGAAUUGGAGAAGGCGCUACUUGAGGCAAAAUCGUUCAAUUAUCAUGAAGAAAUUCCGUUUAUUGAACUAGCCAUUCAAAGUGUAAAAGAACAAUUAAGUCUUCUCGAACAACGCUCGAAUCUGGAUAUUGUUAUGGCCGAGAAACGUGCACAGGAAAUUAUUGCUAGAUUUGAUGCGAAACAUCCGAGUGAUGAAAUUCAUGGAGAAGGAAAUCACUAUUCUUCGCUGUCAUAUACAAGCGAAAAUUCGAGCAAUUCGCACGAAAAAGUUACUGUGUCUAAUAACGACAAUGACACCGAAACAAAUUCAACCAAUUCUCAAAACGACGCUCCGGAGUCACCAACUACUCGGCUAAAAUCCGAAGAAACUUCCGCUCCAGAUUUUCUUCCACAGGAAUUCAUAAAAGAAUAUCAUAUAUCUUCUCACCUUAAUACUACUAAUAUCACUCAAACUGAAGAUAAACAUUCAGAAACUUCUGAGAAAGUUGACGUAGCAGCUUCUCCAAUCUCGAUAUCCGGCAAAAGUCCUGUAUUAUCCGACGGAAUGUAUUAUUUCUAUCAGUCGGAAGAUGGACAACGGAUAUAUUUACAUCCGUUGGAUAUUCGUAUUCUGAAGCACGAGUUUGAGCAUUACGAGAAUUUCCCGAAUGAGAUUUCGGUGCGUGUAAUUGGUGUUGAAGAGAGUACUAUGACUGAAGAACUUCGUAAACGUUGCAAGUAUCUUGGUCAUUUGCCUUUAAGCUGUGAUGUAACUUUUCUUGAGGUCGAUUUGAAUGGUGUAGUAUCCAAUAUAACCUUAGAAUUCUUUACAAAUGAGAUUCAACAACGUAAAAACCGCCGCAAAGAAAAAGUUCUCCAAGAAAUGCGACAACACGAAUACGCAACCUUAAAAGAACAAGAAAUUCUCAAUUCUGAUCCAUUCUACCAAUCAGUCUAUUCGCAACUAACCGAUGAUGCUGCAGCUGUUUCCGGUACUUCUCCCGAGCACGAAACAUUUAGCUCGCUCACUGAUACCUCUAGUAAUAGCUUGACAAACUCUUUUGCUCCUGUACCUGGAAUCAGUAACCACGAUAACACUAAUAAAAGUAGCAGUGACCAAGAAUACUCUGGCCCAAAAACUGUCUGGGGAACGCCCGCUAUUUCAUUCGCUAAUGUAGCUAGCGUGGUGUCGAUUGGCAAGAAACAGAAAAAGAAAAAAUUGAUCCUUUUGUCUAAUGGAGGAUUGCGAAAGAGGUAG